AUGGUGACCUCGGUAGUGGAACCUCCAAUUCCUGGGACUAUCUAUCUUGUUGACCUCAAUCGCAACCUGCGUGUUCGUCAUGCAGGUGGUGGUGACGGCGACAUCGUCCUUGAUCCUGUGCCAAGUGACGACCCAGAGGAUCCUCUCAAUUGGACUCCCCGUCGCAAAGUUCUUGCGUUGACCUGUCAGAACCUGUAUACCUGGUUCACAGGCAUGUCUGUUGCCACUGUUUACUCAGUCCUUGUCCCCCUCGCGCAGCAGUCCAAGGUCUCAAUCAAGACGCUCAAUGAAGGAACGGGAUAUAUGUACCUUCUUUUGGGUUGGGGUUUGUUGUUUUGGCAACCCUUCUCGCUGCGAUAUGGCAAGCGUUUGACCUACCUCUUGUCUGUCCUUGGAGCCAUUCUGUUAUCAGGGCACAAGUGUUUGGAGGUAAUACUUCUCAGUGAUGAGAUACUGGUCGCAUACGUCUCAAGCAACGGAGAAUGGAUCGCCAAAUGCAUCAUCCAGGGCUUUUUCAUCGCACCAAUUGAAGCCCUGCCUGAGAUCUCGAUUGCUGACAUCUACUUCACUCAUCAACGUGGAACCUACAUGGGUAUCUACGCUCUCGCUCUUGCCGGCAGCAACUACUUCGCGCCGGUCAUCUGCGGCUUUAUCGCCGAGUAUCAAGGCUGGCAAUGGGUGUUCUACUGGCCCGCUAUCUUCCUCUCAUUCGUCUUCGUGUUUCUCUUUUUCUUCAUGGAAGAAACCAAUUACAAUCGUGCCGCCCGACGCGCUGACCAUCUGCCAAUCAGUCCAUCCCGACUGAGCGACGAGAACAGCGGCAAGGCUGAAGAAAAAGCUGCUGAUGCUGGGAGAUCUGAGGUCAGAGAGGCUGAUGAGGCGAACGUUCAAUAUGCCAAGCCGAGAACGUUCUUGCAGAAGUUGUCACUUUGGCAACCUACACCAAGCCAGAGUAUGGCUCGUCACGCUGGACGCUCGCUUCAGUACCUCGGUUGGCCUGUCAUCUUUUUCGCGGGCUUCUCGUACGGGUCGUAUCUUAUCUGGUUCAACGUCCUUAAUGCGACAGCAUCCAUCAUUCUGUCAGGCCCUGGGUAUGGCUUCAAGCCGUCAAUGGUUGGACUGAGCUACCUCUCAUGCUGUCUCGGUACCAUCAUCGCUGCCAUUCUCGCAGGACGAUUGAGCGAUUGGCUUACUAUAAAAAUUGCACGUCGCAACAAUGGUAUCAUGGAAGCUGAGCAUCGUUUGUGGCCGCUGGCGAUUUGUGUCAUCGGCGUUCCGGCAUCCUUGAUCCUCUGGGGCGUUGGCGCGCAGCACGGCGUUCACUGGUUCGGCCUCAUUUUCGCCAUGUGCACCUUGUCAGUGACGAGUGUCAUGGGGCUCAUCAUCAGUAUAAAUUAUUUGAUUGAUAGCUACUAUGAACUCAGCGGUGAUGCGAUGGUUACGAUUAUUUUGGUUCGCAACACGAUGUCUUUUGCCAUUAGUUAUGGCAUCACGCCUUGGAUCAUCAACAUGGGCUAUCAGAAUUGUUUCAUCUCAGCUGCGUUUAGCGCUUUGACUGCUUGUUCUGCUUGCUUCGUCAUGAUCAAGUUUGGUAAAUUGCUCCGACAGCGAAGCGCCGCCCGUUAUAAAGAAUUGGUCGAUGACGACAAGAGGGUCGCAGGAAUUGCUACGUGA